AAGUAUGAAAACGGAAAAUCUCCGAAUUAACUUCUAAUUUACUCUAGUCUACACUCACCUAAAUUAUCACAACGUUCUUCAGAAAUGUUAACUAAAAGAAUUUUCCUUUUUUAUAUUAUAAUGAAAUAAGUAUUUGAAAAAAUUAUUUCUUCAGACUAUCACAGGUGUAACUCUUCGGCACACGUAAGUUGAAUGAAGAAACUGCACCCAACUUAAGGGAACUUGUAUUAUUGUCAAAUUGCGGCAAACUAACUUAGAUAUGACAACCGACAUAAAAAGCCCUCGUCCAAAAAUAGUUGGAAGUGAUAAGGUAGAAGCUCCCUAUCCAAUUCGGUUUGAAGGGAAGGUUGUCCAUGGUUUUGGCAGAGGAUCCAAGGACCUAGGGAUCCCAACUGCAAACGUGUCCGAAGAUUCCAUUCAAGAACUCUUAAAACAUAAAGAUUCAGGUGUUUACUAUGGAUUCGCUAUGGUAUCUCAACACAUCUUUCCAAUGGUUAUGAGUGUUGGAUGGAACCCAUACUACAAAAACACCGUAAGGAGCGCGGAAGUGCAUCUAAUUAAUCGAAAAGGAUUGGAUUUUUACGAUCAGCAAAUCCGGGUGAUUGUUUUGGGUUAUAUUCGUCCAGAGUUGAAUUAUGAAGGGGUACAAAAGUUAAUCGAAGAUAUCCAAAUAGACAUACAAGUGGCAUUAAACAGUCUUGAACGUCCUGAUUACGCUCACUAUAAAGAAGAUAGCUUUUUUAGGAAUUAAUAUCAUGUUAUAUACGUACUCUUAUGAAAUUUAGUGAAUUUAUUUGGAAUCAACAUGGAAUGAAAGCGUCAAUACUAGACACAUUUUACAAAAUGCACGCAUCUAGGUAUUUUGAACUUACUUUUUCUUCAUCAACACUUACUUAAACGUGCAUGUUUUAGAACACGC